AUGAGCAGCGCUACUGGUACACCGUUUAUUCUCGUUGAUCAAGAUAUUCGUACGAUGUCUGGAAUCCAGAGUGCUCAUUAUCUAGAAAUAGCAUGCUUCACACUUCUGGUUUACGAUCUACUGACUACCUUCGGAGAAGAGGUGGAAUACUUCUGGUCGGGGCCAUGGAGCAUAUCGCGGGUCCUGUUUUUCUUGAACCGAUAUCUUCCAUUCAUUGCCAUGAUUGGUCUCAUACAAAUUAUCCUAGAUUGGCUAAAAAUCACAAUAACAGGAAUCCUUCUCCUCCGCGUGUGGUACAUGUACUCUCAUAGUGCCAUUUUACGAGCGGUUGCAUGCUUCAGCUAUGCAGCGUGCGCUUUAUCAUCCCUUAUUCUGAUGGGCUGGAGUCUUCAGUUCCUGGAAUCUUCUGCAGAGUCUCUCGAGCUUCAGCGGAAGAUAUCAUCCAUCCCAGGAUGUUCUGCACCAUCCCCAUCAAUGAUUUGGACAGUUUUCGUUCCAAGUGCUAUCAUCCAUACAAUUUUGUUUGGGUUCACGAUCGCACAAAUCGUGAAGGUCUCUCGUGAUUCGCGGAAGGAUCAAUUGAUGCUGCGUCUGGUACGAGAUGGCGGUCUUGUCUUCUUCGUUUCGCUGGCCUCGGCUAUAUAUUCCACAGUCGGAGCUCGUUUAACCACAGAUCCUGCCGCAAGUUACUCAUAUUUCACUUCCUCACAGUUGGCAAUCAGCGCAGUUGCAGUGUCUCGGCUUAUGCUCAGCAUACGCUCCCUUGCUGCGAAGUUGAAAACUAGUCCAAAUUGGUUGUUCAACCCGUCUGAGCUGAGCAGGGUAAGGUGGAGGGCUGUCUCUGGUGAUUAUGGUCGCAGCAUCGUGGUCGAGAUGGACACGUAUGAACCGGAAGCACAAAAAUUAUGA